CUGAUUUUCUCGCCAUAUUACCUAGACAAGAGGACACGCAGAAAACUGUCGCAUAUUUGAUCGGGGUGCACGGCUGCAUUUGGGGAUGGUAAGAGGGGCUCCAGAUCUGAUCAUCUUCAUCAUCAUCAGCGCUGUGCUGGAUUUGUCAGGGAUUUAUCAGGCCGAGGAAAACAGAGUUCACGCGCCAGGUUUUUCGGGCAGGAUGUCACUGUGAACACCGGGCUGCUCGGGAUGACUGGGAUUUUUGGGGCACUGGCCUGUGCAGGCCAGGCCAACUGCUAUGGCAACAACUCCAAAGAUUACUGCUACUCAGCACGGAUCCGUAGCACUGUGCUCCAGGGUCUACCUUUUGGAGGGGUGCCCACCGUUCUUGCCCUCGACUUCAUGUGCUUCCUGGUCCUUCUCUUUGUCUUCUCUAUCUUGCGAAAGGUGGCAUGGGAUUAUGGCAGGCUUGCUUUGGUUACUGAUGCUGACAGACAGAAGAAGCGAUUCAGCCUAAUGGAGGAGCGGGAAUAUGUGGCUUCAGCACUACAUUCGGAAACUCCAGAUCGUUACGAGCGCCUCACUUCUGUCUCCAGCUCGGUGGAUUUUGAACAGCGAGACAACGGUUUCUGCUCUUGGCUGACGGCCAUAUUCCGGAUAAAGGACGAGGAGAUUCGGGAGAAGUGCGGAGAGGAUGCCGUGCAUUAUCUCUCUUUCCAGCGCCAUAUCAUCGGGCUGUUGGUGGUGGUGGGGGUGCUGUCAGUGGGCAUUGUCCUUCCUGUCAACUUUUCCGGAAACCUGCUGGAAAACAAUGCCUACAGCUUUGGGCGCACAACAAUAGCAAACCUUAAUUCGGGGAAUAAUUUGCUGUGGUUGCACACGUCAUUUGCAUUUUUGUACCUCCUCCUUACUGUCUACAGUAUGAGACGUCACACUUCCAAGAUGCACUACAAAGAGGAUGACCUGGUGAAGCGUACUUUAUUUAUAAAUGGCAUCUCCAAAUAUGCAGAAGAGAUCCAGAUCAAGCAACACUUUGAGCAGGCCUAUGAGAACUGUGUGGUGCUGGAGGCUCGCAUUUGCUACAACGUGGCCAAACUCAUGGCUCUUAAUGCUGAGAGGAAGAAGACGGAACGAAGUAAGAAGUUCUUCACAGAUCUGAAUUCAAAGGAACACAUACCCACCAUGAUCAACCCCAAACCCUGUGGCCACCUGUGCUGCUGUGCCAUCACGGGCUGUGAGGAGGAGGAAGCGGUGAGUUACUACACAAAGCUGGAAGCCAAACUGAAGGAAGAGUACAGGAAGGAAAAAGAGAAGGUCAACACUAAACCUCUCGGCAUGGCUUUCGUCACCUUCCAAAAUGAGGCCAUGGCGGCAACAAUCCUGAAAGACUUUAAUGCAUGCCAGUGUCAGGGCUGUGUGUGCCAUCAGGAGCCACGCUCAUCUCAGUUCAGUGAGAGUCUCCACGUCUAUAACUGGAGCGUAAGCUACGCCCCUGACCCCCAGAAUGUGCGCUGGGAGCAUUUGUCUCUGGGAGGUGUUUCUUGGUGGAUUCGCUGUUUACUCAUCAACUGCAUCCUCUUUAUCCUGCUCUUCUUCCUCACCACCCCCGCGAUCAUCAUUUCCACCAUGGAUAAGUUCAACGUCACUAAACCAGUGGAGUUUCUUAAUAAUCCCAUCAUCACCCAGUUCUUCCCCACUCUCUUACUAUGGGCUUUCUCUGCUUUGCUGCCAACCAUCGUCUACUACUCGGGAUUUUUUGAAGCCCACUGGACCCGUUCGGGAGAAAACAGGACCACCAUGCUCAAGUGCUACACGUUUCUUAUUUUCAUGGUCCUUUUGCUGCCAUCACUGGGUCUCAGCAGCCUGGACGUGUUCUUCCGCUGGCUGUUUGACACACAGUUCCUGGCUGUUGCAGCUGUUCGAUUUGAGUGUGUCUUUCUCCCUGAUAAUGGAGCGUUUUUCGUGAACUAUGUAAUAGCUUCAGCAUUUAUCGGGAACGCCAUGGAUCUUCUGCGCAUUCCGGGGCUUCUCAUGUACAUGAUCCGGCUCUGCCUGGCCCGUUCCGCCGCAGAGAGACGAAAUGUGAAACGGCACCAGGCUUAUGAGUUCCAGUUUGGCGCUGCCUAUGCCUGGAUGAUGUGCGUCUUCACUGUCGUCAUGACUUACAGCAUCACCUGCCCAAUCAUCGUGCCGUUUGGCUUGAUGUACAUGCUGCUGAAGCAUCUAGUGGAUCGAUAUAACAUGUACUACGCCUACCUGCCAUCCAAACUCGACAAGAAGAUCCACUCUGGAGCUGUCAACCAGGUGGUGGCUGCACCUAUUCUCUGUCUCUUCUGGCUGCUCUUCUUCUCCACCGUACGCACAGGUUUUGUGACUCCGACGUCCAUGUUCACUUUUGUCGUGCUGAUCAUUACGAUUGUGGUUUGCCUGUCGCACGUCUGCUUCGGCCAUUUCAAGUACCUCAGCGCUCACAACUACAAGAUCGACACCAAGGAGAGCGAAGUGGACGGAGUGGAGAAUGGACGACCAGCACGAUCCUCGCCCUCUAAUAAAUCUCCGCAGCAGAUGUACAUCGCCCAGGUCCUGCAAGACCCGAACUGCGAUGAGACGGGUGCAGGCAGCGGAGAGGACGACGGCCAGGGAUCCUCGCAGGACGAGGAGAUGAUGAACGGGGGCAACAGCCUCACUGAGGCCGACUUCCAGUCAGGAGAAGACAGCCUCAUUGCCAACGAAGUCCGCCACUAACGCCAGCACCGGUGGAGAGAGAGAUGAGGCGGUCAGGGAUUCUGAGGUAGAUUGGAGAGCCACGUCGGAUGUCUUACGAUCUAUGCUUGAGCUGUCACCUUUUGAAGCUUCGUACACAUUUCUGUGAGUUGUGCAAGUCAUCUCUGUCAUGGGCUAGUCGAUUGAGACUUCUCCUGCCAAACACUUGAACACAAUCGAGCACAAAGUGCACAUAGGAAUCCAUUCACACUACAGACAUGAACUUGAUACACAUACGUGUAGAUACAGUUUACAUGCAUUUCCAUACAGGAACCAUCAUGACUGUUGUGUGUGAUCUUCAUCGAAAAAAGUAAAUUUAUGAAGUUUGGCGUUUCUAUUCAUUGAAUUCAAAGCGGAACAGGAGGGCAGUUCCUUCUGAAUCAUGAUGGACAUCCACAGUGAAACUAGCCUCAAAUAUUGUAGAGUAGGUCUCAAAUCCUGUUGAACAUGGAGCAUUUCACAUAAAAACUGAAAGACUCGGAAACCAUCCAACUGGAGAUCCUGGGAAUGCUUCUGAACUAAUCAGGAAUUUGUCUGAAGAGUCUCAUCUCUCUCUCUAGGACAUUUUCUCUCUGUCACAAUGCUCAAAUCAUUUUAUUUCAUUCUCCUUGUUAUGUAAGUUGCUUUCGAACUGGCUUUGCUUGCUUCGUCUGUCUUACUUUGCCUAAGCAAACUGAUUUUGAAUCAUUCCAAAGCACAUGUGCAAUAGGACAGAGCUCAGAAGAUUAGAUCGUCAUGCCAGCCUCUUUGUUUUAAACAUUUAAUGUAUGGUGGAAGACUUCAUUUGUCAGAACUUGGUGAGCAUUGUACAGAAGAUGCCCAUUUCUUCAUUUCUGCACUCUUGUUGAGGGAAAGCAGCAGCAGUCAGUAAAACAGUGGCUGGAAUGUUUGUGAUCUCUUGAGACGGAGCCAAAAUAUUGGAGAUGUGAAAAGUUCUUCAUCAGAAAAUUCCACUGGGUGUUGAAUUCACUGUUAAAAUGUGUUUAUUUAAGGUAUUAUUUAUGUUCAUUUGAGGUGUUAUUUAUAUUUAUUGUUUGCUCUUUUUGUUUCACCUUAACUACCUUAAAAGAUUUAUUUUUAAAGAGAAAUGCAAAAUGACGUUCUUGUUUCUGUAGCAAACUAGGAGGUUCCCCAGUCACAUGAUGAUGUUCAGGAAAACGACUGUUUUAUGGGGGAAGGAGGAGGAAUAUAAAUUCAGCUCUAUAAAUAUAGCCACCCUUGGUAAAAAUGAGUAAAAAGCUGGUAAAAUAUGGUUAAUAGCUCAAUCUCAUAUUGAAAAUGUAAAACUAUGUAAAACUAUCUCCUCUUUACAUCAGUCUCAAUAGAUUUUCGGUAAAAUCACUGGAAUUUCAAUGCAGUAACUCAAUUCUGUUUCUAUCCAACCAUUUUUAAUUAAUCUGGCCAUUAGUUUUGAAUUCUGCACCACAAGUUUCUCAUUUUGCCAGUGGCUUUAAGCCAGUUUCAGUAUUUUGAUUCCAUAUUGCCAUGUAUCAUAACAUUUCCACUCGCCAGUUAACUGUGGGAGAUUGUUUUCAUGCUUUUUUCUUAGCAAACCCACCACUGUCCUUAGACCUAUUGCCCUAUUUGCCCACAUACUUUUGGUCAUAUAAUAAAUGUAAAAAAGGGGUUACGAUUAUUGUUGCAUUGUUAUUACUUUUUGGUAAACAUGUAAUAGGUUCUUUUAUAUUUUUUAUUUUCUAUGCUCUAGGUCUUAUAUUUUCAAUCCUGAUUGAGCUAAUUAACAACUAAAACAUUUUAAGAUUUUUUACUCAUCAUUAACACAAAUGCUAAUAAUUAUUGAGCUGACUAUAAAAAAAAAAGACAUUUCUGCUGGCGGAAAGGCCUUGUUGAUGAGGCCAUUAGAAUUUGAGCUGACAGAAGGGCUACUGUUAUUUAAAUAAAUGUUACAACCCAGCAUAUUCAGCAAAAAAAAAAAAGAAGCAUUUCAGAAUGCACAACAGGUCAAACCUUGAAGCAGAGUUUUGGGUCACAGUGGGUUUAUCUGUAAAUAAUUAAGUUUCCUUAUAAUAGACACAUCCUGUUUACAUCCAAUGCAACACCUAACUGCUUCAUCAUGAUCAGGGUCACAGAAUCAACUGGUGCAGGUAGAAAAACAUUUAGAAGGAGCAUCAAUCCCAUAACAUUAUACACUUUCUCAUUCACUUACUCUCUCACCUAUUAUUAGCGCCAGUGUACAGUAGCCAAUCUACCUUCUGCAUGCUUUUGGAAGGUGGGAGGAAACAAAGCAAAUUCUUUGUAGCGGGUAACCAGAGGUGGGAUUUUACCCAGUGUGCCAAACUUGACUAAAACCAAAACCAAGUACAUUUAACUAAACUGAAACAAAUGAAAUUAAUGAGUAAAACAAAUCGGCAAAUCAGAGGUUACCUUUUAGUUUAGAGUUUUUAAAAUAAAAAAUAGGCAGAUUUGGAUUAAUGGCACCUUUGCUGUUUGAGAAACUGCACAUAAUGGAACAUCAAACAUUUAGUGUUUAAACGUUUCUCUAUUUAAAAAAAUUUUAUACACACCACCACCAUUUUUAGUCUUAAAAAUGAUAACUUAAUUUUCUAACAAACACGCUAACUAAAAAUAAAACAAACAGAUUGAAUCAAUGUAUAGUCAUGUGUAAAAGUUUGGUCACACCUAAACAAAUGUUUCUCUUGCCAUCAAUUAAGAUCAGCUGGAGGUUUCGGGAACUCUUAGAAAGAUCAAAUGCUCAAAGAUCAGUGAAGGAAUCAGACGAUACCCAGCAUCAUAUCAGUUUCACUUUGUGGCAUGGCCUCUUAAUACAUUGUUAGCUUUUGAUUGCCUACAGCUGGUGAUUUCUAACUAAGGCCAUGCCCAUUCAAGGUUUUUUUUUGGACAAAUCUAAACUUUUGGACAAGAAAAUCCAAUGUCACCUUAUUCAAAAAGCAAAUUAGUCGGGAUGGUCAGAUCUUUUUUUUUUUUAAAUACACUGUUCAAAAUCAAUAAGCUUUAUACUGCCAGGGCCUAGAGACAGAGCCAGUGCUCUAAAAUUGGCACAUCUAAGCUUGCUACUAAAGUGUGUUGCUGAUGUGGAAAUAAAGAGGAGGAAUGUUAGCUUUUGCCCCUUGUUUUGCAGCCACUAAGCCCAUGGUGAUAAAAAGCUUGUUUGACUGUGCCCAGGUGGCGCAGAGGGAUAUUCCGCUAGCACACCAGCACGAGUUUCUGAAGAAGAGGCGGGCUGGGCACAUGUCGGAAAAGGCGUGUACAGCGACGUGCUCUCCUCGGAUGCUAUCUGGUGUCUCUCAGCACCGGAAAACUAAAUUGAGUACGCUAAAUCGGGGAGAAAAUGCAUAAAAAAAAAAUAAAAAAAAAGCUGAUCUCACACAUGUUCCAGGAGCAUUUAAAUCAUGGUAGUUUUUGUUGGUUCUUAGAUCACAUCUGUCCAUGAAGACAAAUAUCCUCUCAGUAAAGGCUGACAAAUUUAAGUUUUCUUUGUGGUCUUGGUAAAUUGACCACUGGUCUUCAGACAAAAUGAAACAUUAUUGAAUUUAAUACACCAACAAAAGCUUACUGUAAUUUUGACCCAGCAUAUUUUCCAAUUUAAUACACUAAAAAACAAUUCAUUAAAACCCAAAAACUGCUUUAAAAUACAAGUGUCUGCAAAUAUUUGACUUUAACUGCACACUCACAAAAUAUAAUAAAAUGAAGGUGAAAUUCAGUCCAAGUUUAAGUCUCAAUAGGGUUUGCACUUGUAGUAAAGUUCACUUUUUUAAUUAUUUACUAUUUAAUGCUGGUUACUAAUAUAUAAAAUGUUAAUGCACUUUGUUUCAUUUGUUUGGACAUGUAGCUGGAUACCACAGUUAACAGUUUUGAACAGCCCCAUGUUUUUUUCGUUUUAUAUAAUGUUUAAAUUUUUUGUGUUUACUUGUUUAUUUGCUGCUUGUUAUUUACUCGUGACCCUUGCUCCUCAUUGGUAGACACAAUGCUGACCUAUGAAAGCUGUAGCUACACAGAUCAUCCGAGCCCUGUAAAUAUUUGUUGUAUUUAGACAAGUUGGGAAGCUUUGUCGCUGUUCAGAUGCUGUAGCUACGUGCUGGAGAUACUAAAGCAAAUCUGUGUCUGUCAUUGAACAGUUAUGGUGUGAUGAAGACACUUUUAUGAAGGUUUCUGGUGUGUAAAUGAUGUUUGAGCUGUAAUAAUGGAGGUGAGGGUAUUUUUGUAAACCAUGGCACAAAUAACUUGAAGUAUUUGAUACCAGUUGUGUAUUAAAGGUGUGUCUAACUAGCUGUGAUGUUGCUUCAUGAACUUUUAAACGUUCACCACCCAAUGUUUUUAUCUAAAAUGAAAACAUAUUUCUGUAAUGAGGUUCCAAAAAAAUGCAACAUUCUUUGAGCAGGAAAAUAUUGUCUUUAGUUAAACCAGUAAAGAUGUGAAAUUCAGUAUCCUGAAAAAGUAUUCAGCCCUAAACCAUAUUCACAUCAUCGAUGGUUAAAAGACAGCAAUGUAACCCAAAACUUUAUUAGCCACUUAAAAAAUGGCUACCCACAAUAUAAAAUGUCAACAGUUUCUUAGUUUUCAUUCCCCUGGUUAGAACUUGAUUGACCCACCUAUGAAAGCUGAUAUAUUUAAUAUAUAAAUAAUUUGUUUACAACUUGAGCAUUAGCCGAUUCUGUUCUUGCUGGUUAGUUGGGGAUUGUAUGUCCACACACAUUAGUCUUGUUAAAAAGACUAACCUUUCUACUGAAGCUUUCUUGCAGAGAUCCAAGAUCUGUGUGUACUGAUCCAAAAUGUUCAUGCUUUGUUAAUUAUUCAAGAGGAAUUUUGUGUGGAUGUUUUUACCUGCCUGAUAAGUCCUCAAUAGAUUUCUGCCACACAUACAGCUUUAUCCGUAGACUUUUUACCAUGUUGUUGUAGAGCCUUUCAAUUGACAUUUUGCUAAUUCUUUCAGUAAAGGCUGAUUGCUUUCAACCAUAAAUAUGAUUGAUCAAUGAACAUUCAGACACAGCCACUGAUUUCUGCAACUUAGUGUGACAGUUGGUGUUGCAGUUUCACUUAACCUGUUACCUUCUGAUUGUGUUUAAUGCCUGAUCUAUGCAGGUGGCUGUAGUUUAAUAUUUUUUCCAUGUGGUUAUGAGGAACUAAACUGCCUUGGAAAUGUGACGUGUUUUGAAUGCUGUUUUUUUUUUCUUUACUAUACUGCUAGACCUCACAAAGCAACUGGCUAGUUGAUAUUUGUUUAAACCAUGUUGACUAAACAUAUUGACUGAGUUGUUAAUAUAAUUAAAUCUCACCACUGUUUAAUUUUGGAACAUUGCUUAAAGGUUUUUUAAUUAACAAGGUGCACACUUUACCCUCAGCUACAAAACAAAUACUAUAGUAUACUUAAUAUAUGCAGUUUGAGACAAUAAAAUCUAACAGUUCGAGGGGCUGAAUAUUUUUUCAAGACACUUUGGCUGUAUAUACACUUUAUUUUUGGCUCGGUCAUUGUGAUACCAAAGCACGUGUACAGUUUGUAUACGUUUAGAAAAAGAAGUGGGAUCAUAAAUAGAUUAAACAGCUAGAAUACUUAGAGGUAUUUUGGGCAAAAGCCAGCUUCAUCGAUGCUAGUUUCUUGUACGGAUAGAAUAAAAAAAUAAAAACCAGCCGCUAGUUCAUUUAAAACUGUAGAAUUCACUGAAUGGAUGCUAUUUAUUUUUACAUUUUGUCUAAAUGUUGUCUGUCUGGUAAAGCACUUGUCACAUCUUUAGUUUCCUAUCAAUAAAACUUGCUAUUCGUCUUAACAA